GAAUUCUUUAGUGCCCAGCGGCGGGCCCUGUAAUCCGAAGAUGGGCCCUCCCUGGUUCCAGCGCGCCUCACCAUCACCAAGCUACCUUAGAUUUCACCUCCAUUUUCCUCCCCACUUCACUUAAGCGCCUUCAUUUACUUUCAGCAACCUCUACAGAACCCUGGAACUGUUUUCCGGUGUUUCGUUUUCUGCUUGACCCAGACACCCGUGUGCAGUACGCAAGCCUUUGUUCUGCACAAUAUCAACCCUUCGUGGUGCUUUCCUCGGAGGCUAGGAGGCUCCAAUCUCGCACUGAGGGCCAGGGCGGCCCCUGCAGCGGGAAGUCCCCGCUUCUCGGCCGCCAGGCUUGCGCUCACCCACGGCGGGAGAAGGAAGAAGUGAGAGGGCCUGACGCCACCUCUACCCACUCAGGGAUGCGCCCGCCUCUCGGAGUCCGGGAACUCCUCCCAGGACCACAGUAUUUGAGCCACAGGCGCUGGACCUCGCACCGGCUCCCGCUAUCCUUUCAGUGCUCAGUCUCUGUGUGAAGAGGACCACAGGUGCGGGGAUGGCGCUGUGGCUGGUGCACAUCGGGCAGAAGCUGUUGCUAUGGGGCGUGUGGAGCGCCGUCUCCGUGGCCGGCGCCAUCCUAAUCCUGAACUUCCUGCAGUUUGUGGCGAGCUACACACAGACAUGGUUUAAGAUGAGGUCGGUUCCGACCGCCGCAGGCGGCUACCCGGUGGUGGGAAACUUUCUGCAGAUGAAGCUGGACGCGAGAGAAUUUUUUCAGCAGAUAAUUAACUUCACUGAAGAAUUCCGACACCAGCCAAUAGUGAACUUCUGGUUUGGGCCAAUGCCAAUAGUGGCCCUGUAUAAAGCAGAAGCUGUGGAGGUAAUUUUAUCGAGUUCAAAGCAAAUUGACAAAUCCUUUUUGUAUAAGUUCCUGGAACCAUGGCUUGGCUUAGGACUUCUUACAAGUACUGGAAACAAAUGGCGCUCUAGGAGAAAAAUGUUAACACCCUCUUUCCAUUUUACAAUUCUGGAGGACUUCUUAGAUGUCAUGAAUGAACAAGCAAAUAUAUUGGUUAAGAAGUUUGAAAAACAUGUUAACCAAGAAGCAUUUAACUGCCUUAUUUACACCGCCCUUUGUACCUUAGAUAUAAUCUGUGAAACAGCUAUGGGCAAGAAUGUCGGUGCACAAAAUAAUAAUGAUUCUGAGUAUGUCCGUGCAGUUUCUAGGAUAAGUGUUACGAUAGCUCAAAGAAUGAAGAUGCCUUGGCUCUGGUUUGACUUUUCAUUUCUUUUGUUUAAAGAAGGAUGGGAACACAGAAAAAGCCUACAGAUUAUACAUAAUUUUACUAACACUGUCAUCGCUAACCGAGCCAAUGAAAUAAAGAAAGAGGAAGAAUUUAAAAGUGAAGACAGGGACACUGCCCUCUCUAAAAAGAAACGCAAGGCUUUUCUCGACUUGCUAUUAAGUGUGACUGAUGAUCAAGGGAACAAGCUAAGUCAUAAAGAUAUUCAAGAAGAAGUGGACACUUUCAUGUUUGAGGGCCAUGAUACAACUGCAGCUGCAAUAAACUGGUCCUUAUAUCUAUUGGGUUCUUACCCAGAAGUCCAGAAAAAAUUGGACGAUGAACUGGAUGAAGUGUUUGGGAAGUCUGAUCGUCCGGCUACUUCAGAAGACUUGAAGAAACUUAAAUAUCUGGACUGUGUUAUUAAGGAGACCCUUCGUCUUUUUCCUUCUGUCCCUAUAAUUGUCCGUAAUCUUAAUGAAGAUUGUGAAAUUGCGGGAUUCAACAUUGCGAAAGGCUCUCAAAUGUUCAUCAUUGCCUAUGCACUGCAUAGAGACCCAAGAUACUUUCCAAAUCCCGAGGAAUUCCAGCCGGAGCGAUUCUUUCCCGAGAAUAUGAAAGGACGCCAUCCAUACGCAUAUGUGCCCUUCUCGGCUGGACCCAGAAAUUGUAUAGGUCAAAAGUUUGCCAUCAUGGAAGAAAAGACCAUUCUUUCCUGCAUCCUGAGGCAUUUUUGGGUAGAGUGCACACAGAAAAGAGAAGAACUUGGUCUGGUUGAAGAGCUGAUUCUUCGUCCAGCUAAUGGCAUCUGGAUCAAGCUGAAGAGAAGAAAUGCUGAUGAACCCUAACUAUAUUAUAGGGCUGUGCCUUUAUCAUGAAUAAGAUCUUCCUGUAAAUUUGCGGUUACAAUUUAUAGAUUACGAGUUCAAUACUCUUCAUUCCUGGACCCAAUUUUUUCUUGACCCCACUUACCUUGCGGUCAAAUUUACCAAAGAGAGAGUUUUUAUAUUUUCAUUACCAUCAUAGUUCUUAUCCCUGGUCUUGAUCCCGUAGUAGAAUUAACUGAUAUCAGUACCCAAAUAAGCAUAUAACAUGUCUCUCAAGAGAGGGAUCCAUAAGCCAAUUCAAUUCAAUUGACAAAUGCAAAGAAUAUAAUUUAAUUGAAAUAUGCAUGUAUACAUAUACAUUUAAUUUGAAAAGCAUACAUACCUAAAUACUUAGACUUAAUGAACUUAAGUUUUUAAAAUUAUAUCAUUGAUAUCAGUUAUGAGAAUUAUUAUGAUACUACUUUUCAGAUUUUAUCAACUAGUAUAGAUCAUUUAUAAUUUGACUCAUAGGUUCUGUUCCUAUUUCUUUUUUGGCUAUGCACUUACAGCCUUCAUUUCAUUCUAUAUAGCAUCACAAUAAUCCUUAUAUAUCAUAUAUUACUGGGAAAAAUUCCUGUUAAUAAUCUCCAAUCCUUCACAGUGCCUCCUAAGGUUGAUUAAUGGUUUUGGAGGUAGAAUGACCUUAAUGCUUAUCUAGUUAUAUUUCUUUUAAUUAGAAGGAAGAGAAUAAGAUCAAUGAGAAGGUAAAUUUCUCUCCAAAGUCAUGCCACUAGUAAUAAGGCUGGAAAGAGAUAGAGGUAUAUAUUCUAAAUCUACUUUCGAUAUGAUACACUUCUACUACAAUAUGAAACUCAGGCCUAUAAGUAAGUGUGUCAUUAGAACACAGACCUUCUGCCUCUGAUUUUGGCAUAUUCUUCUAGGUUCUUCCAUCAUGAAAGAAAAUAGAAACUGUUCAUUUAUAUUUAGUAACCCAAUAAUAUUUCUCUUCAUUGAGGUUAAACUUCCAGGAAAUUUAAUCCUCCAAAACAUACCUAUCAAGCUGAUAACUGAUACACAUUCUCUGAAUUUUAAUUCCAUUGACAUUAUCUCUGUUCCUCACUCAGUGACUUUAAAACAAUUCUUUUAAUGAGUAUUUUUAAUAAGAUUAUUUCUUUGGUUUUCUCAAAGCGAUAGUAGAUAAAUUAAGAGGAUAGAAUAUAUAUUCAAUGGAUAUCAAAAAAAGAGGUUACAAAACCAAAGCCAUUUAAAAAGCACCACUUUGCUAUCCCAAAGAGCCCAAGUAUAGACAACUCAGCAGCUGAGAUGAUGAGAAAAAGUCAAGGAUGUUUGCGAUGGAGUUGAAAAAGAGUCUCAUCAUAUGGUUAAUUUUGUUACCUAAAAAGUAGAUAUAUGUAGAAAAUCUCUUUUCCAGAAUGCUUUGAGUAAUUAAAAUUUUAUUCAUGGAAAUUGGCAUUAUGCCUCUAUUUUAUGCACUUACAUUUAAACCUUGCAACCCCCUCCCUUUUAGUGACCCUACAUUAGAUGUGAAAUUAAAUUUAAAGUAAAACAUUGCUUAAUGUUAA